GCCACAUUAUAGUGCUCUGUUUUAAAAGGGACAUUUUUAUACUUUUUUGCUUUGUUUUUUAAUGUAAGAAGCAUUAUUCUACUUCAUGAGAUUCCAUCCAUCAAUAUUUCAAUGGUUCAUUAAAUCUAUGAAUGCAUAUAAACAGUUACAGUCAUUCGAGGAUUUUGAAUAAUCCAAAAUAUCAAAUAUUAUGAGUUCCAAAUUAGAAGAGGAGCUGCCGCCGCACGUGGUGAUUUUCCCAUUUCCGGCGCAGGGCCACAUGAAUUGCAUGCUCAAUCUCGCUCAUCUCUUCUGCUUAACCGACUUCCACGUCACCUUCAUCGUGUCGGAAUUCAGCCACCGCCUCCUCCUCAGCAACACCUCCGUCCCCGCCACCUUCGCCGCCUAUCCCGGCUUCCAGUUCCGGAGCAUCCCCGACGGCCUCCCCGACCACCACCCCCGCUCCGGUGCAAAAGUAGCCGAUGUCGUUCCCGCCGUCACGAGCCACAUGGUCCCACUUUUCAAGAAAAUGAUGGCUGAGGAAGGCUUCCUCGCUUCCCCCCACCGUAGGCCGGCCACGUGCUUCGUCGCCGACGGCUUUUUCACUUUCGCCGUCGACUUCGCGGAGGAGAACGGCAUUCCCUUGAUCUAUUUCCGAACUCCUAGCGCCUCCUACUUCUGGGCUUAUUUUCAUGUUGAUGAUCUCAUUCAAGCUCAAGAAAUUCCCAUCAAUGAGAAAUCGAUGGAUUUAUUAGUAAAAGGCAUACCAGGAAUGGAAGGAUUCCUCCGCCGCCGCGACCUGCCGGGCUUCUUCCGCACCUACGACUUAAACGAGCCGCUUCUUCAGAGCUUAGCAGUGGCGACGAAGCAAAUCGUACGAGCACAAGCAGUAAUAUUCAACACUUUCGAUGAUUUGGAGGGGCCGAUCGUAUCACUCAUGCUCGAGAAAUUGCCAAGAAUCUACACCAUCGGUCCAAUCCACGAGCAGCAGAAAUCAAAGCUGAUGGAAAAGAAAUCCGAGGCCUCGGCCGUCGCAGCCAAUUUCUGGGCGGAGGAUCGGAGCUGCAUAGAUUGGCUCAGCGCUCAGCCUCGGAGAUCGGUGAUCUAUGUGAGCUUCGGGAGCACGACGGUCGUGACGAGAGAGCAAUUGAUGGAGUUCUGGCAUGGUUUGGUGAAUAGCUCGCAGAGAUUCUUGUGGGUGAUGCGGCCGGACUCCGUCGCCGGAAAAGACGGAGACGGCCGAGUUCCGGCGGAGCUGGCGGAGGGUACUAAAGAAAAGGGUUACUUUGUGAAGUGGGCCCCGCAGGAGGAGGUGCUCAACCAUCCCGCGGUGGGAGGGUUCCUAACGCACAGUGGAUGGAACUCGACUCUCGAGAGCAUUGUUGCCGGCGUGCCGAUGAUCUGCUGGCCUUAUUUUGGCGACCAAACUAUUAAUAGUAGGUUCGUGAGUGAGGUCUGGAAGACGGGCGUUGAUAUUAAAGAUACGUGCGAUAGAUUGAUUAUUGAGGAGGCGAUUAGAGAGGUUAUGGUGGUGAGGAAGGAUGAAUUCUUGGAAAGGGCAGAUGGUAUGGCAAAAAUGGCUAAGAAGGCUGUGGAAAGAGGAGGUUCGUCCUAUAGGAAUUUGGAUGCUCUAAUUGAGUUUAUCAAGUCAUUCAUAACUUGAUAAAUAUAUUCCGUCAAAAAUAACUUGAUAAAUACUACUCAUUCCGUCUCACAAAAACACGAAUAUUUUCAUUUUAGUACAUUACCCUCUUAUCUUUUAUCCCACAUUUUCAUACUUAUUCACAAAAAAACCAUCAUAGCCCACCAAUAUUUUUUUUUAAUUAAUUCAUUACUCUCACAACACUUUUUAAAAUGGGACCCAAUUUUCAUUUACAAUAAUUUUCAAUUAAUAUUUUUUAAAAUUUGUGUCACUCUCAAUUAUUCAUAUUUUUGUGAGACGGAGGGAGUAGUAUAUUAUUAAGUCAUUUCUAAAUUCUCAUUUUUUUGACCAAUUUGGGCCAGUGGAGCAUGGGCCGUUAAUUCAAGCCCAAGCCCAAAUUCAUAGAAGCCUCAAAUGCGAGAAGUGAGAAGAAGGAAACAGAGGAGUGUAGAAAGCAGCAGCAUAAUCUAGAAUAUGGGAGAAACCGCCAGAUUUUUCAUCUCAUUGCUAUAAAUUCUCCUCCUUCAUCCCUUCUCCCCAUCAAGUUAUACAACAAAUUCUCAGCAAUCAAACAAUCGCACGCAUUAAUUCUCUCGAUUAAAAAGCUGAAAAUGUCUCUGAUUCCGAGCUUCUUCGGCAACCGCCGCAGCAACGUCUUCGACCCAUUCUCCCUCGAUGUUUGGGAUCCCUUCGAGGGGUUUAAUUUCCCCUCCUCCGCCCGUGAAACCACCGCGGUGGCCAACGCCCGCAUCGACUGGAAAGAGACGCCGGAGGCUCAUGUGUUCAACGUGGAUGUUCCCGGAUUGAAGAAAGAGGAAGUUAAGGUGGAGGUCGAAGAUGGUGGAAUUCUGCAGAUCAGUGGAGAGAGAAGUAAAGAGCAGGAGGAGAAGAAUGACAAGUGGCACCGCGUGGAGAGGAGCAGCGGGAAGUUCCUCCGCCGCUUCAGGCUGCCGGAGAAUGCGAAGCUGGAGCAGGUGAAGGCGGCCAUGGAGAAUGGGGUGCUGACUGUGACGGUGCCUAAAGAGGAAGUGAAGAAGCCAGAAGUCAAGGCCAUUGAUAUCUCUGGUUAAAUAAAUAAUAAAUUAUUUUGAAUUUCGGAUUUGAUUUUGGAGUGAGUGUCGUUUUUGUGUGAAUGGGGUGAUUAAGUUGUGUAUUGUGUAAUAUGAUCAAAGAGUGCUGUUAAAUCGUCAAAUAUUAAUAAAAAAGUUUGUUUAAUUACAA